GGGCUCUAGAAGUGAUCCUGGCAAUUACAGACAGGCUGAUGAAUCACAUCCACACUGUGCUCCAGAUCGUCUCAUCUUGCAGUGCUGUGGUGGAGGAAGUUCAGAUGCCGGUGACCUUCGAGGAGGUGGCUGUGUAUUUCACUCCAGGGCAGGGGGCUCUUCUGGAUCCCGCUCAGAGAGCCCUCUACAGGGACGUCAUGCAGGAGAACUAUGAGACUGUGGCCUCACUGGGAUUCUCCAUUCCCAAACCUGACCUGAUUGCCCAGCUGGAACAAGGGGAAGAGCCAUGGGUCCCAGAUCUCCAGCCUUCCAAAGAAAUGGUGAUCCUGAGAGGCAUCUGCACAGGUGGGGAGUCGGGGAAACUAGGGUUACUGUAAUGGGGUACGCUCCAUGUAGAGGUCCUUUGGAGGUACCUGUGUUCCUCUUUAGUGCCCCCCCCUCUCUAAACAGUACUCAUACCCGUUAGAUAGACAAACGUUCAUCACAUCCUAAGUCUUUCUCUGAGUCCAUAACUGCUUAGACCCCCCAUGGGUCUUCAGGCAAGCCUCUUCCUUCCCCAGAGUUUCCUUGGCUAUGAUCCCAAGUGAAAUGGUGGGGUAGGGGGACCCAGGCCUGCCCAGGGCCCUAAAGCACAGGAACGGCCCCCUGCACAGGUUAGUGGGGGAAUAGCACCCGCUAACCCAAGGGCGUUCCAAUUACACCCUGCACUGGGCUGCUUCCUACCCUUGCUGUCCUUGUGUCCGUGUCCGCUCUGCAUCGAGGCCAUUCCCGGGAUCCAGACACUCUGCUCCCCUGUCUGGAGGUGCUGUAUCCCCUUCCUGGUGGCCGCU